AGAAGAAGUCUCAUCUUCUUCGUCUUCUUCUUUCUCUGCGAUCCUUCUGAUUUCACUAAGGAAAGGAAUCAGUGUUUGGUGGAACUAUUCGAUCCGAUCUAGGAAAAAUGGGAGGAGGUGAGCAUGGACAUGGAGGAGAAAGUGGCGAUUUCAGAGCCAAAGUUUGGAGUAUGUCUGGUGGGCCUUACUGUAGGCCCAAGCAUUGGCGUCGGAACACCGCCAUUGCUAUGUUCGGUGUUUUCCUUGUGUGCAUCCCCAUCGCCAAGCUAUCUGCUAAGCUCGAGCAAAGGCCACACAUGCCAGUACGCCCAAUUCCUUCACAGAUCUGGUGCAAGAACUUUGGAACCAAGGACGAUUACGAAAAAGAGCAUUAAAGUUUUUUGCUUGGUUUGGAGAGAACCCUUUAACUGGUCUCUUAUUUGCAGACAAUGUGAGCAUAAAAAAAAAACCCUUCUAGCUCUGUCUUUGAAUUUCAUAGUACUGUGAACAUAAUAAUAUGUCUUUGCCUUGCCAUGUAGAACACAUGGAAUCUUUCCAAAUCAAGAGUUUUCAAGUUA